AUGUCUUCCCAAUCAGUUCUUCUCAUUGGCGCAGGCGGCUACAUAGGCCGUGCUGUAGCCCAGGAAUUCUUGUCCCAGAAGUCGAAAUUCGCACGUGUUGCGAUACUCGCCGAUUUGCCAAAAGUGGGCAAGUUCGCCGAGAUCUCCAGCGAAGGGAUGGAGGUCGUUGUGGGAAAUUUUCUUGAGCCAAACUCUUUCAAAGGCUUCACCAUCGUGAUUUGCAUGUUGGGUAACCAUGCCAUGAAGCACCAACCCGCCAUCAUAGAUGUCGCCAUCUCAGCUGGGGUAACGAAUUUCUACCCCUCAGAGUUUGGCUCCGAUAUCUCGCAAGGCGCAUAUCUCAGCAACCGGUACUUCCGCGACAAACAGAUCACACGUGAACACCUUACCAAAGCAGCAGAACAUCACAAGGGCUUUGGGUAUACGCUGAUGGUCACUGGCAGUUUUGCGGAGUAUGCGGCACAUCCAGCAUUUGGCGUCGAUCCGGACCAGGGGACUUUUGACUUCUUUGGGCCGAAAGAGAAGAAGGAACCGUUCACCGGAAUUUUGGAUAUUGCUAAAUACGUCGUUGCUUCUGUCCUGAUGCUUGAAUCCAAAUUCGAAACCGAGAAUCCAUGUCGCACUUUUCGUAUUCCCACAGCAACAUAUAGUUGGGAGGAAGUCAUUGAGACUCUCUCUCGCGUCCAAGGGAAGAAAUACACCUGCACGUAUCAUCAGACGUCGGAGGCCCAUGCCUUGGCAAAAAAGUAUGCAAGUGAGGGAGAUGUGGAUAGAGAGCUGGGGUACUCUCUUAAAGCUAUUAUUGGUGGUCCGAACGAGGAAGGAGUGCCGAAGCCGUGGGACCACGACAAGUUUCCAGACAUCAAUCCAGAGAGUUUGGAACUUUCCUUGAGGCGUUACUUUGGGAAGCAGGAACAAUGA